UGCUGGGAAGUAUAAACCCUCUCAGAAGGAGGUGUGACCAUGACUGUGAGUCGUCGACAGAGGAAAAAGCUCCUUCACUCGUGGAUGAAAACUUGCUGAUCGAUCACUGAUCAGAUCAUCACUUGUUUUUUUUGGAUCUGAUCUGAAGAUGUGGGAUGGAAGGAGUUUGGAUUCUCUGCUGAUUUCAUGUGGAACAGCUGCUUUCUGACUAAUCGAUUGAUCGGCUGGUGAACUGAUCUGGUUCGAUUGGUCGAGGCUGGGAAUCCUCAUCCACUGAUUGGACAUCAGCCCCUCAGUUCAUUGAUUGAUUGAUUGAUUGAUUGAUUAGCGAUGAGUGGCGCGGGGGACAUGGUUUGCGAAGGCUGGCUGCGAAAAUCACCACCGGAGAAAAAGUUACGACGUUACGCGUGGAAGCGUCGCUGGUUCGUGCUAAGAAGUGGCCGUCUUAGUGGAGAACCUGAUGUCCUUCAGUACUACAAGAACCAACAGUCCCGGCGACCCAUCGGAACCAUCAACCUGAACCUGUGUGAACAGGUGGAUGCCGGCCUGUCCUUCACCAAGAAGGAACUGGAGAGCAGCUUUGUGUUUGACCUUAAGACAGAGGAGAGGACAUGGUACCUGGUGGCCGAGUCUGAGGAGGACAUGAACCGCUGGGUGUCGUCCAUUUGUCUGCUGUGUGGCUUCAACCCCACUGAUGAUGACAGACCUCCCGCCUGUGGCCCUCCCGCCAUCGCCACUGCGAUGUCAACCGCCGGCACUGCCGGCAUCUCUACGGCAACUGUGUCAGUCCCGCUACCUUAUGACCCAGUGAACGUGCGACACCUGGAGCCUGGCGGUCACGUUGAAGAAGACUACCUGUGGCUAUCACAGUGUCAGAGUCACAUCAGUCCUCCUUCAGGAUCGUCCACCUCUCUUGACACCGACUACAACGACAGCCUUUGUCCUCCUCCUUCUGCCACGUCCUCUUCCUCCUCCAAUUCCUCUUCUCCUUCCCUGCUUCCUAACGGCGUUCCUCCUCUGUCCUCCGGCUGUAAGGCGGCUCCGUGGACAGUCCCCUCCAUGUCGGGUUCUCUCAGUCAGUCCUUGGAUGCCAGCGUGACCUCAGACCCACUGAGGCAGGCCGGCAGACCGCGCUGUCACCCGUCUCCUCACCCAAGGAAACACUCUCUGGAUUUGCACGUGCGUCCCGUGGUGAUUCCUCUCAGCGAGGACGCACACCCUCACCCUGUGUCGUACGGCGGUUACCAGAUCCCCCGCCCGGCCUCCACCCCACAACCACUGCACACCUGCCGCCCGUCCGCCACCCCCAGUGUGGACUCCUUAACCCAGACAGAGCUCCACGCUUGCGUCCCCACUCUUCCACCUCCUCCUCCUCGUCCACCGAAGCCCCUGGUGAUCGUGGCCCAGGGAGAGACCUGGAAUCUGGGGAUGGGACUGGCCACGCUCCCCCGCUCCUCCUCCCAGUCAGAGAGGAGGGACGGGGGUGUGGUGGGAGGAGUUCUGCCGAGGUGCAACACUGUCACUGUACCAGGACGCACUCACACAGGCGGCGAGUCGUUCUUCGUCCCUCAGUCUGUGUCUGACAGAGUGAGCAUGUUCGAGUUCAGCGACAGCUUCAGUAGCUACUUUCUGAAUAAAGGUCUGGUUCCUCUGAGCAGCAUUUGCCACGGAGACGACAACGUGGAUGAAAACUAUGUUCCCAUGAGCGCCACCACCACUGAACCUCCUGUGGCUCCAAGAGCUCCUCCCCCUCCACCUUCUGACUCCUGCGUCCCACUCCGCGAUGGCACCUACAUCCCGAUGACCCCCGCGACCUCCGGCACCGUCGCAGGUGACCCAGCGUCACUGGGGAGGCAAGUGCCGCCACCCGUCCACAUGGGCUUCCGUACGUCCCCGCUAACUCCCGCCACACCCGCUUCCCCGCUGCUACGCAGGAACACCACGACCCCAGGGUGCGAGGCCACGCCCCCUCCCAUUCACCGCAACCUGAAACCACAACGCAAAGUUAAGCCACCCCCCCUGGACAUGUCGGCGGUGCAGCAGGACUGGCAGGAAGUCCCGCCCCCUGUACGCUCACCUGUCACCAGAACCUUCACACGAGAUCUGUCCUCCCGUCCCUCAGUCACACCGGGCUCGUCUCACAGCUCGUCGCCUUCCUCCGACUCUGACGACCCCGACGAAAACUAUGUCGCCAUGACGACCUCCAGUCUCAGUGUCAGUGCGGGAGAGCAGUCUCUCAGGCUCAUGAUGCACAGGGCCUCAGAGGGCGGAGUCAGCAGCCCGUUGCUACGGCGAGCCAGAGGCGACAAACAGGUCGAGUAUCUGGACCUGGACCUCCACACUGGGCGAUCGACAUCAACAAGACAAAAACGCUGCACGGCUGGAGGAGGUGGCGGCGACGGCGGCCGGCAGGUGGACGCUCAUGAGGAGCGAGCGCGCACUCAUCGCACAAGCGUGGAUUACGUGGUGGUGGACCCGAAAAGAACCAAGGCGCUGAGGAACACCAGGGAAGCAUGGCAUGAUGGGAGAAUGUCCACGGAGAAGGACAAGUUUUAGGCGCCGCGUCCGCGCAGCAGUGUUCCAGGGUCGUGACCCCAGUUCUUUUAUUUCAGGCCAGAUUCACGGACGAUGUAAUGAUCAUAACAUAAAAUGAUGUCGUGUUUCACUCUCGCUUUAUUUAGUUUGAGUCAAAGAUUUACUUCAGUGUUCAUUUAAAAAAAAAGGAUGAUAAAUUAUGAUUAUUGAAUCCAGUGAAGUCACAGCUGAAUUGAUUCUAAGUGAAUAAAUGAAUAAACCAC